AUGGGUUGCGGCGCCAGCAGAAAAGUGAUCCCGGAGCCGCCCGCGCUGGCCCGGGUCAAGCAGGAGGGUCAAGGCCAAGGCAGCGGCGCGGGGCCGGGAUCCGCCGAGGUGGCCGAGGCAGCUCGGAGGAUGCAGGUGGUCCGCUUCCGAGCCAGGUUCGACCCCCGGGUCCUCGCGAGAUAUGACAUCAAGGCUCUUAUUGGGAAAGGCAGUUUCAGCAAAGUUGUCAGGGUGGAGCAGAAAGCCACCAAGAAGCCUUUUGCAAUAAAAGUGAUGGAAACCAGAAUGAGAGAAGGCAGAGAAGCGUGUGAAUCAGAGCUAAACGUCCUGAGGCGGGUUAGCCAUUGCUACAUCGUCCAGCUCAUGGAGGUCUUUGAGGCUCAGGAUUGCGUUUACAUGGUGAUGGAGCUGGCAACGGGAGGGGAGCUGUUUGAUCGGCUCCUUGCUCAGAGAUCUUUUACAGAGCAAGACGCCGUCAGGAUCCUCCGGAUGGUGGCUGAUGGAAUUAGGUAUUUGCACACUUUGCGAAUAACUCAUAGGGACCUAAAGCCUGAAAAUCUCUUGUACUAUCAUCCAGGUGCAGAGUCAAAAAUUUUAAUCACAGAUUUUGGAUUGGCAAACUCUGGGAACAAAAGCGGUGACUGGACCAUGAGGACGCUCUGUGGGACGCCAGAGUACAUAGCCCCCGAGAUUUUGCUGAGGAAACCUUACACCAGCGCAGUGGACAUGUGGGCUCUUGGUGUAAUCACGUAUGUGUUACUUAGUGGAUUCCUGCCUUUUGAUGAUGAAAGCCACACCAGGCUGUACAGGAAGAUUCUGAGAGGCAAAUAUAAUUAUACAGGAGAGCCUUGGCCAAAUGUUUCCCACUUGGCGAAGGACUUUAUAGACAAACUACUGAUGUUGGACGCUAGCCAUCGCAUGUCAGCUGGCCAGGCACUGGAUCACCCUUGGGUGCUCACCACGGUGGAGGGGACUUCCAUGAAGAAUCUUCAGAGGGCUAUUUCCCGGAACCUCAGGUGGAGGGCGUCUCCCCACUCCCAGAGUCCUGGAUCUGCACAAUCUUCUAAGUCACGUUGUUCUCACCAGUCAAGGCCUAUGUGGAGCAAGAGAAAUUUAGGAGUAGAAGAAUCACCGGUAUCCGCACUUCUGUGAGCAGGUAAACUUUAAGACCAGUUUAUUCAAUUUUAAGUCAGAUUCAUUAACACCAUUAACAGCAUUAGGUCAACAGAGGCCCAUUUUGUCAGUGUUAA